AUGGCGCGAGUAGUAGUACACCCAACUGAACGUCCUACUUCCACUCCUACUAUUAGUAGCGCUCACCAGCUGCCCCAAACAGCUCACCCUGCUCUCACACAGGUAAUUAAGGUCUUUCCGGACCUCUAAUCGAAGCACUAUCGAAGGUUCUCAAAUCAGCGAGAAUAACGGCUCACAGGGGACGUCAUUCGGGUGGAAGUGUGGGAACGAAAACUCCCGAGCUUCAGUUACUCCUGGACAACGAUUUAUUCUGUUUGCACACAGACCGUCGGACGAAGCUCAACCAUAUCCAGCAGUUGAGUCUACUACAUUUGCUCGCCCAAUUCUUCUUGGUUUUUCCUUUCCAAUAGAUUCUGUAAUUUAAAGCAAGAUUUAGGAAAGAGCGGAAGACAACAACAAAUAUGCCUACUUCGAAGCGAUUUUUUUGGGAAGAGAGGGCGAACCGAUCGUCCACGACCACAGGAUCUCCGUUCUGAUGCAGCUGGCUUCUUUUUCGCUCCAGUUUCCUGUUCUACAAGUCUUCAAUAAUAUUUCACAGUGGAUCAGCAAGGUUUUAUCAUCUUUCUAGUCUUCGAGAGUUUGCAAAAAGUUGUACUCUACAGAUCAGUGUGGUGAAGCAAUCUCGAUAUUAUUCCGAACUUCUUGUAGAUAUGUUGAUUGACAAUUUUAUCAAAACUUGUGAUAGAAGUCGGAGAAUGGUAAGUUUCUCUACCUGGUGUGCUGCAUUUUUUUCUCUUUUAUUCAGUACGAAUAUCUUUUGCCUCUGGAAGCGACCUGUGCAGAGUUCACAGCUAUCUUCACGGCUUUCGGACCGCUCGUCGCUCCUAUGAGUUUUCCACUCGCAAUCGUCCUUCAAAAUUAUUUGAGUACGAACCUCAGUUAUAUAAUGCGGCACUAUCGGGACACUCCAUACCUUGGAGAUGAAUUUUCAACAAAGGUUAAAGCGACUUACUUUCGUCUUAUUUAUUAUUUGGAUCAUCUUUCAGACGAUGCCUGUGUUACUGAAGUUCGUCGUGGAAGAGUCGGCGAAUCCAGCUCGAGAAACGAUUAUAACUUCGAUCGCCGUUUCUCUAGCCAAGGUGAUAGAAAAAUGGAGCGGGAAGUUCCUCACUGGAAGAGCGACGUGUGCGAAGCAACCGAUAAAUUUUGGUUUGUUUUUGUGAAUAUUAUUAGGGUGUCGAGAGGAUAAAAAGUGUCGAAAAUGUGCUCUCACUUCGCGGAAGCUCAGAUUCAUUUCGGCUUGGUUUCUCGAACCAAUUUUUGAACUUGAAUUUAAAUUCCAUUGCAAAAUAUCUUUAAAUUAUUGCAGAUGUUCUAUUCUCAAAAGAGCUAAAAUGGAACCGAAAUAGGUGCAAUUUGAUUUGCGCUGCAGCCAAUGUUGAUUCCAAUAAAAAGAACAUUUCUGAGGUGAACACAACUUUUUUUCAUGUACGAAUUCAUUUCAGAGGCUUUCCGAUCUAGAUGUACCUACAGAUUUCGCUCCAUCCCUUGCUUUUGUGCGAAAACAAUUCUUUUGA